AUGUCUUCAAAACCCGAUGAUGGAUUGAGCACACAUGUGCUGCAGCCCCUAGGAUUCGCGGCCAAGAUCGGCUUAGCUACUGGUAUAACUGGCUUCACGGGUGGCGGUGUCUACGGGUUCUUCCGGUCAGCUCACCCAUUGCCGUUCGCCGCCGCCGUUGGCUUGUCGAGCGGUUACUAUGGAGCCUCCACAAUAUUCAUGAGAGGGUUGUUUCUCGAUGCACUGCCCGCAGCGGACCGAGAGAAACGGUCUACGAAGAUCCUCGCGACAGGUCUGUCAGGGGCUGUGUCAGGUGCCGUUGCCGGUCUAUGGCAGCGGAAUCCAAUCUGGCGUCCUGCCGGGAUAAUCGGGCUGUUGACUUGCACAUGCCAGAUAGCAUACAGCGCUACAUACGAUCGACUGAAUGCAGAGCCGGACACGACACCUUUUCUUGAGCGAGUGUCCCGUAGCCGUUGGAUGCCGCUGAAGUCUGUCUCCGAUGAAGACUACGAAACGCUGAUAAGGGCAAGGAUUGACAGGCUUGACACACAAAUUACUGUUGUUGAUGGACAGAUUGCGGCUCUUCAGCAGCAGAAAGCUUCGGUUACCUCGAAAAGGUGA